CAUCAUCAGCAGCAGCAGCACUGCGGCCGCGGUGUAAUCAGGCGGCUCCAGGGCUGAGGCGCACCGUGCCACACAGUGAUAAGGCUCCUCGGAAGAAGAAGAGGAGGAAACUUCCCUCCAGACCUGACUCGUUCUUUCAGCUGCACUUUGACGACGCACCACAAACUGGAUUUUAACCAAUUCCGUUUGAAAGACAUCCUUGGAAUAAUCUCACUUUCACGCACUUCACGCACAUCCCUGGCUGGUGGGGGUUCCUUUGUGAAUUCCCUCUCUCGCGUAGAAAUGCGCGUGAAUCUUCUCUUGGCUGAAUUUCUUUCUCUGGAGUUGCGCCUGUGUCAGAGCGCGCACACUUUUGGCGCAAGGUGCACGUCGGAGAGAAAAAAAUAAAGUUGGACGUGUCUUAUCAUCCGUGCGCAGGAACUUUUUUUUUUCUUCUUUUUUAAAAGUCUCCCACACGUGAGGUGCCUGUGACCCGAGCUUCUCCUCCUCGUGCACCUCCGGCCGGUGGAGGCGACCCACGCGUAAAGGGGGGGGGCACCGCAGAGGACAGGGAGACUCCUCGAUGCCCGGUCCGCCAGAGAGGCUCGAGGCUGGGCAGCAGGAUGCAUGCGUGGGUUCAGCUGGUGCUGCUGGCGGCGUGUCUGCGGGUCGGAGUGGCCGAGGGGGAGCCUCUGCCUGCAGCCCUGGUGGAGCUGGUUAGAAACAGCCCCAUCUCGUCCAUAGAGGACCUCCAGCUGCUGCUGCUCUCUGACUCCGUAGAUGAGGAGGACGGGACCUCUGCAGUCAGUGGAGGUCACAGACUACCAAGGAGUCUCGAUGCCCAGCCGGCCCAGCAGGCUCUGUGUAAAGUCCGCACGGAGGUGGUAGAGGUUACCAGGGCCAUGUUGGAUCGUAGCAAUGCUAACUUCAUGCUAUGGCCGCCCUGCGUGGAGGUGCAGCGCUGCUCCGGCUGCUGCAACACCAAGAGCCUGCACUGCGUCCCUGUCGUCACGCACACCAGAUACCUGCAGGUGAUGAAGAUCGAAUACAUUAAUAAAAGACCCACUUACACUAAAGCGGUGGUGUCCGUGGUGGAUCAUGUGGAGUGCCGGUGUCAGCCGGCGCCUCGAGCCCCAGCGCCAAGGAAAAAAUCAUCCCGCCGGCAACACAGCCACCAACAUCGGAACCAGACACUCAGCCAAGAACACGGACAGGCUAAGACUCAGUCCAAGGAUGAGCUGCAUCAGUGGGAUGAGCUGAAGCAGAACCAGAGGGCCCGCCUGGAGGAGCUGCUGGAGCAGCACUGGAGCCCCAGAGGAGACACCUUCACUCAGCCUGGAGAAGGCUACAGUCUGGCUGGGGACGACACGUCUCGGCCCGAUGGAGACGCGGUUCUCUUGGUUCCACACUGGACUCACAACUCCAGCAGGUUCCACGGGACAGAAGAGAACCCGGAGAACAUAGACAGCAACAAGACAGUUUCCUCAGUGGAUAACGUUGGUGUUGAGGUAAAGAACAAGUCGGUAGAAGGUGGGAGUAGGUCACUGCUCGACAGCACUGAGGGAAAAGUCAAUGUGGGAAACAGGAGCAGAGACAAAGGCACACAAACCCAAGUCCCAUUACUGCAAGAAGACAAAUCCAAAUUUACAAAGAAUCACAGGGGAGGUGUCUCACAACCUGUUACCGAAAAUCCUCGAGUCAAACUCAGUCCGACGGAGGAAACCAAUAGCGAGAGACGUGGGAACAGGCUGCGGCCGACGAAGGAACCGAAUCCGGAGCCUCGAGAGCUGGCGAGGCGGAGAGACAACGAGACUCCGGAGGAAGAGAGGAUAUUCCAGAUUGAAGAGGCAAAACUGAAGGAGGAGAGGAAAGAGCUUCUUGUCCUCCACAGGAGGUUGGACCAAGAGAAGGAGAUCCUGAGACAGCAGCAGAUGAGGCAAGAGGAAGAGGAGAGGCAGAGAGAAAAGGGGACAGACAGUCGAUAUCACCUGAGUGGUAAACAUCUCCAUCAUCUGCAAACAACGACACAGAAACCAGCGACGACAACGUCUACGACCACCACACGACAGCCCUCCGCUCCAGCAGGCCCCCGACCUCCAGCUCGUCCCAACCACACGAAGAGGAGGAUGAGGAAGAAUCGCAAACGCAUCAGCAAGGCAGCUAUGAGAGCGAUGCUCAUGUAGUACUACAGUAAACCCAGGGACACAGUGUGAACUUGGUGUAUCUUGUGGAUAAUCCAGAGGUGACGCAGAGCGACUCCCUUCAUUUAAGUAUUUAUUCCUUCAUUCAGUAACCUGCUCGUCCUGUGAGGUCUCCUCCGUAACACUACUAAUGACUGACCGGUCAACCUGUAAGUACGCCUGGAUGGAGUAAGAGGAACAUGGAAUAUAAACAAAAGGUUUUUUCUGGAAGAGAACACUUGCCUCUACGACGACAGUUGCCCGUGGCGCCCGAGGUUCGGAGGACUUGUGUGAAAGAGCAACACAUCUGGACGACUAAAACGGCAUCACUGUGGAUAAAAGUGCACUUUGAGAACUCUCCUUGGAACCAUGUCUUGAUAUCAAAAGAGAGAAACUGCACUUAUGGAUGAACAAAGCUGGGUCUGUGCAGGGUUUGAAUGACAAAUGUUUGUUGGACGUCAAAAUGGAAAAAACUCUUCCGUGUCAAGAAAGAAUCCAUUGUAAUGUAAGCGACAAUCAUUCAAUGGACUGCAAUGACAAACUAAUGCUGACUAAAAUCACCAGUAUCUCCAUGUGUGAUCACAUGUGUUGGGACUCAGUGUUGACUGUGUUGGGGAGAUGAAACCGUGUGGAUUCGCCGUACUAAGGCCUGAUAUCAUUUAUAAGUUCAUUAAAAAACAGUGAUGCUCUGUCCUUAACCAUAUUUAAUUAUAUUUAACUCACUGCAAACACUGGAAUUACACAGAUGUGAUUCGAGAACCAAAAACACGAACCGUCCCGUGUUUCCAAAUCUCAUCACGGGUGAAAAGAAAGAAGAUUCAGGUGCUAAAUGAACGGGAGGUGAUGGCGUCCCACCUGAGGCCUGACCGUGUGCUAGGAUUCUUAUUUAUUUGUGGAUUAACUCUGUAGAAAUACUGCAAACAAAUUGUCGUAGAGUCUUAUUUCACGAUGUUUGGGUGUUUCCAUCAGAAACAAUGAAAAAAACCUCCCAGUACCAUGCAGUGUUGAACCUGUCGAAACAAGUGUGUGCAUGUGUUGUUUUGUACGUGUGUAUUGUAGCUACACUUCACCUCGAUACUCACGUAGAAGCAUUUACAACAUCUGUUUCUCUCUCCGAUAGAGAGACGUCUUUCUUUAAGGAAUGGGGAGAUUUUUAGAUCAUCUUCGCUAAUAACACCACUUUCAUCAUCGUCAUAGACUGUGUAUAAAGAUGGAUGACAUGACAGUGCCCCGAAGUGAAGCCAAACAGCCUUGAUCGCCCCCUAAUGGCCGGCUGCAGUGUAGGUUAGAAGUCCCACCUCCUCCAUGUAAGUGGAUGAAACAUGGACAAUCCAAAGAGUCAAACUACACAUCGAAUAGAUUUAUCUCAAAGAUGGUAUCUCAGUGCUAAUUUUCUAGUAAGUUUGGUUUAAAUUAGUUUUUUAGGAUAUUUUGGCUUCAUUUCUGGAAAGUGGGAGGGGCUGGAAAUGUGUUGUCCAUCUCUAUCUAGUCUAUGAUCACCAUCACUAAUCAACCGAAUUCAGUGCACUUACCUUGACUGGUGCUCUUCUCAUUUAGCCACUCGACCUCUGGAGGGAACCAGGAAGUGGAAGAAAUGAUUUGAUUUCCAGGCUCAUUCCUGCAGCACUAGAAACAAAUAAUCUCAUUCUUUUAUAACUCUGGGAGAAAAAGAAACAGCCAUCUUUAACAUUUUUUUAUUGAACUGCUCUUGUAGCUGUUGUAUUACUCUAGCACACAGUGUUUUUGAGAUUCAAUUUUAAGCAAAGACUCUAAGUAAUUCCACUAGAAGGACAGAACAAGGCCGAACCAUUGCAGAUAUUGUUGUGUUAUAAUUCUGUCUGAAGCACACUGGUGUCCGAUAAUCACUUUUCAGCCAAACAUUAAGUUAUUGAAAAACAUGGCUUGUAUGUCCUUUGUCAAUUCACAACUGUUACUGAUUUUGUCUGUUUUGUUAUGAGAUACGAUGGAAAAAAGUAAUGUUUGUGAUAACUUUGCCAUCUAGUGCUAUUUUUUCAUAUGGGUAUAAGAAGCUAAUGUGCUUAAAUCUACUUGGUUUUGUGUUUUUAUAUCUUUUAACAUUUUUUCUAAAAUUCAAAACUUUUCUUCUAAAAGGACAAUAUUUUAUUUUGAAAGGUGAAUAACAGACAAAUGAAACAAAAUGGGUUUGAAGACCAAAGGCCAGUUUGUGUUUUUUCCGCGUCCAUGAGCUUCCUGUUUGGUCAUCAGUGUGAAAACCCAAAACUGUGCAUUCACCAAAGUAAAGUGGACGCUCCAUUCAUUCACCCUAUGCACUGUAUGUAUGUACUUUUUCAUGUUGUUCAAAUACAAAAAAGCAAAGCCGUUCUUCUUGC